AUGGCGACGACAAAUGAAACGGCAAUCCAUGGUGCUUUUCAGCCCAGAAGACCUGUCAGAGUUGCUAAUUGUUCGGGUUACUUAUGUGAUCCCGCUUAUAGGAUGUACGAACAGAUUUCAUUAGGAAAUGUAGAUUUCAUUACCGGUGACUACCUUGCUGAGAUGAAUAUGGCCGAGAAUGCAGAGGCAUAUAGAAGUGGAAAUCAUCCAGGAUAUAUCUCAACUGCUUUAGAUGGAUUGACUCAAUCUCUUGAAUUGCUAGCCGAGAAAAAGACUAAGGUUGUUAUUAACGGUGGCGCUUUGAAUCCCGAAGGCUUAGCAAGAAAAGUUGAUGAACUUGCCAAACAACGCGGCAUUGCUCUCAAGGUUGGCUGGGUUUCUGGGGAUGACCUGAUUUCACAUGCAGGACCAGAUAUGGCUUCCUUACGUGGAAAUUUACCGAAACACUUUGAUUCAUGGAACCAGGACCUACAAUUACCGGCCAAUACCUUCUCUUUUUUGGAAGAUAAAACGAUUCCUAUUGUGUUAAGUAGUGCUUAUCUUGGAGCUCAUGCUAUUGUUAAGGGUUUGCGUGAAGGUGCCGAUAUUAUAAUCUGCGGGCGAGUUUCUGACGCAUCUCCUGUGAUUGCUGCUGCAUGGUACUGGCACUCGUGGUCAGAAACUGAUUACGACUCUCUUGCUGGAUCCUUGAUCUCCGGACAUCUAAUAGAAUGUUCAGCCUAUGUUACUGGAGCCAAUUUUUCUGGCUUUACUGAAUAUGAUCAGGACGUUUUCAUUGAUCCAGGAUUCCCUAUUGCGGAAAUCGAAGCGGAUGGUUCUUGUACAAUCACUAAACAUGAAACUACUGGUGGGAUGAUUACUUCUGAUACUGUCGUGGCCCAAUUUCUCUACGAGAUUCAAGGUAAUCAUUACCUGAAUAGUGAUGUGACUGCCGUCCUUGAUAAUAUAUCUGUCUGUCAAUUGUCAGAGAACCGCGUCAAAGUUACAGGUGUUACUGGUCUUCCGCCACCUCCAACAACCAAAGCAGCAAUAUUUUAUCAUGCCGGAUAUCAAUGCCAAAUUCUAGUAAACGCAACAGGUUAUGGCACCAAACAGAAAUGGGCUCUAUUUGAAAGACAGAUGAGAAGAAAAUUACAAAUUGCUGGAAUUGAUAAAUCUUUUGAACUCUUGGAAUUUCAAACCAUCGGUGUACCCGAAACGAAUCCUUCGACACAACUCAGCAGCACAACUUAUUGUCGUGUAUUCGCUGAAGCCAUUGAAGCUGCAACCCUCCAAGGCCUAGUCAAAGCCCUCACCGAAAUAUCUCUUCAACACUUCUCAGGUUUCCACGCAUCCCUCGAUAUGCGUACUGCGACCCCCAAACCAUUCCUGGCAUAUUAUCCAGCACUUUUCCCUCAAGAUGAACUUGAUGAACAAAUGCAUGUCAUCAGUUCCGACAAUGAAGUACAGACAUUUGAAUGCGGACACCCACCAAGAUAUCAACCAUUCACUCGUCGUGCUACAUACGAUACUGUCUCCCCCCAAUCUCUCUCCACAUUUGGGCCUACAAAAAGUAUUCGACUAGGCGAUAUAGCACUCGCUCGCUCCGGCGAUAAAGGCGCGAAUCUCAACUGCGGGAUAUUUAUCCCAUCAUCCUCUGACCCGAAACUAUACAGCUGGCUUCAGAACUAUUUCAGUCGUUCGAAAAUGCAAGAAUUAUUAGGCGAAGACUGGAAAGAAGAAUAUUUGAUUGAAAGAGUUGAGUUUCCGGCAAUAAUGGCGGUGCAUUUUGUGAUCUAUGGGUAUCUGGGGAGAGGUGUUAGUAGCAGUAGUCGAUUGGAUUGCCUGGGAAAGGGAUUUGCGGAUUACUUGAGGGAUAAGUGGGUUGAGGUUCCUGUGAAGUUUUUAGGAUAG